CGAGCUCGUCGAAUUCUCGAGCCGAGUGUGUGCGUCUCGUUGUCUGCCUCGGGGGGUUGGGAGUGAUCCAGGAAUAAGCGACCGCCGCUUGCCGUCGUCGCGGGUGUCCGAGAAAAACGCUCGGCCGGGUGCCGGGGACUCGCACCCGCGAGAGGAAAAGCGCUCAUCCUCAUCAGGAGACGCUAUCCGCUUCAACAUUCUCAGAAGUCUGUGAAAAGCGUGUAAAGGUGGACGUCGAGCUCGGAAGAAACCCGCGGCAGAAACAGGUUGGAUGGUGCCGCAGGCCGGCGCCAUUUGAACCGACGAGCUGGGCGAAGGAAUUAUUUCCCUUCUUGGAUCGCGGGUGUGAACGGGAUCGGGUCUACCCCGUCUCGUUGUAGUGACAGGUGCGAAGGCGUGCCUCCACGAUGGGGGUCGCCGACGACUUCGCGCCCAGCUUCACGCAGAAGCCGCAGCUGCGGCAGGAGGACGAUGGCAACCGGCUGAUAUUCGAGUGCCAGCUGAUGAGCUCGCCUAAACCCGACAUCGCCUGGUAUCGAGGUGAGACCGAGCUCAGCGAGGAUGACAGGACCAACUUUAAGAUGCAGAGUGUCGGCACCAACAAAUUUCUGGUGGUGCUCGAACUCGACGACGUCAUCGAGACCGACGCGGGCCUCUACAAGGUCAAGGCGAAGAACAAGAUGGGCGAGGUCGCCGCCUCCAUCAACCUCAACUUUAGUCCAAUGGAUGAGCCUAGAGAGAAACAAAUUGACGGCAUCGCGCCGACUUUCGCGAAGAAACCCGCGAUUAGACAAGAAGAUGACGGCAAACGAUUGCUGUUCGAGUGUCGCAUCACGGCCGAUCCCACGCCGAAAAUCACAUGGUUUCACAGCGGGAACAUGGUCAAAGAUUCGCCAAGGCACAAGGCAAGCAAGCGUGUGUACGAACAAUUUUCGAAAUGUCGAUCGUUUGUGUCGAACGUAGGCGACGAGGCACCCGUACCGGAUGACGGUAUUAAACCUACCUUCACCGAACGACCGGUGAUUAGACAAUCCGACGACGGUAACACCAUCACCUUCGAAUGCCGACUUGUCGGCGAUCCGAAACCGAGUGUCAAGUGGUAUCACGGUACCGAGGAAGUGAAAGAUGGCGGGCGAUUCAACACAUCACUGGAACUUGAUCAGAAGCUGUACCACCUCGCGAGGCUGAAGAUCGACAACGUGGCGAAGGGGGACGCGGGCGAGUAUAGAGCCGUGGCGAAGAACAAACACGGCCAAGGGGUGGCAACUAUUAAUCUGAACUUCGAGGGUGGCGACAAGCUCAAAAUACCGGACGGUAAGCCACCGCGCUUCCCGAAGAAGCCGACAAUCCGUCAGGAGGGCGACGUACUCAUCAUGGAAUGCAUCCUGGAGGCACAUCCGGUACCGGACAUAACAUGGUACCAGGGUCAGAAAACAAUUGCCGACAGUAAUCGCGUCAAGAUGUCACGUAAGGCCACCGGCAAGGACACGUAUCUGCUGACUCUCGAGAUCUCGAAUCCGACCAAGGCCGACGGCGGGAAUUACCGUUGCAACGCCUUUAACAACUUCGGCGAGAGUAACGCCAACAUCUCCCUCAACUUCCAAGAGGAGGGCGCGGGUUGCGCUCCGUCCUUCAUCGAGAAACCACGCAUCAUCCCGAACGAGACCGGUACGCUGAUCACCAUGAAGUGCAAGUGCAAGGCGAAUCCCAAACCAGAGGUAACGUGGUUCCGUGGCACCAACGUGGUCAAGGAAUCGUCGAAGAUCUCGAUCAAGACCAAGACGGUCGAGGAAGAUAUAUAUGAGCUUAUCAUGGAAAUAAAGGAUCCAUCAGCACCGGACGGUGGCACUUAUAGAUGUCACGUGAAAAACGAGUACGGCGAGAGCAAUGCCAAUCUGAACUUGAAUAUCGAGGCGGAACCGGAACCGGAAGGAGACGGGCCGACAUUCGUGGAGAAACCGCGUAUACAAUCGCAAAACAAAGGCAAGCUCGUCGUCAUGGACUGUAAGGUGAAAGCAAAGCCGAAACCGCAAAUUGUAUGGACUCAUGCCGGUAAAACGGUAAAGGAGUCUUCGAAGAUCUCUAUCAGCAUUGUUGAAGAGAAGGAAGACAUUUAUUACAUCAAACUAACUCUGAAUGAUCCCGGACCGGAUGAUUCCGGCCUCUACAAGUGCAACAUCAAGAACGAACUCGGUGAACUCAACGCUAAUCUUACGCUGAACGUCGAAAUUAUUCCCGUAAUUAAGGAGAAGCCAAAGGUGGUGAAGAUCGUCAAGAAGAAGACAGUCGUGAUCGAGUGUCAUGUUCUUUCUCAAUUCGCACCCGACUGCACGUGGUUUAAGGAAACUCAGGCUGUUAAAGAAGAUAAUAGACACAAGUUGCAUGUCGAACAAGUCAAAGAAGGUGAAUUCGCCGUGAAACUCGAAAUCGAACAAAUGUCGGCGGCAGACAAAGGCACGUACAAAUUAGUUGCACGCAACGAAAAAGGUGAAGCUACCUCGCAAGUAGUAGAAGUGACGGAAAUUCCAGAGGAGAAAGGAGAAAAACCAAAAAUUGUUACUGGCCUCAAAUCAAUUACUGUCGAAGAAGGCAAAACAGUUGAGCUCAUCGCUACUCUUGCAACGCAAGAUCGAAAAGUCACUGUUACAUGGUCCAGAGAUUCAACGGUCAUCAAAGCGUCAAAGGAUAUCAUGAUUUCUUUCAACGGUUUGGACAUGAAACUAACUAUUACUUCAGCAUCAACAGAAUUCUCAGGAACUUAUAAAGUUGUUGUGAGCAACGAAUAUGGCCAAGACGAGUCAUCGGCCCGACUCGUCGUCAAGAAAAAAGAGGAAAAGAAAAAAGAGGAGGAGGAAGAAGAAAAGAAGAAGAAGAAAGUCGAAAAGAAAGAGGAGAAGAAAGAGGAGGAAAAGAAAGAAGAGAAGAAGGUGGAGAAAAAAGUCGAAGAAAAGAAAGAGGAAAAGAAAGAAGAAAAGAAGGUAAUAAGUUCAAUGUGGAGCGAUGAGGAGGGUGAGGGGUCAGAAGAAUAUGAAGAGGAGAUUGAGGAAGAGGAGGAAGUGGUGAGUGUAAUUGAGUCCAGCAUUAUCAGCACAGAAGCCAUUCUCGAGGAAUCAGACUCUGAAAUCAUUUCUCGCGUCGAGGUACACAUAUACACAAACAUAUAUCAACACAUCAUUUUUUUUCUUGUUAUUUUUAAGGAUAAGUCCGAUUUGAAACCAAACGGUAUCCACAAACCAGGGCUUGGGAAGAAAAUGGAAAUUCUGCAGAAAGAUGAAGAAAUUAUGAAUAAUGUUGAAGAAAGGAAAUCUCUUAAGAAAAAGCCUGCUGAAAAAAUUGAAGACAAAAAGGAAGAAGAAAAGAAAAAGAUUGCAAAGAAAAAAGAGCCCGAAUCCAAAGAGAUAUCUCGAGAAACCACACCUAAACCUGAGAAAACCGUGACGAGUCGCAAGGAAUCAGUUAGCAGGGUGGAAGAACUCAAGACAGAGAGCCGUCGAAGCUCGAUUGUCAAGACUGAAGAAAAGAUAAUAGAUGAUGGCACCGCGACACCACGACGUCUUUCUGUACUAGAGAUCGAAGAGGAAGUCAAGGUAGAAAGCAGACGAUCCUCCGUACAAAUAGAAAAGAAGAAGGCAACUGAAAAGGACGUAGCCACAUUCGGGCCAAAAACCAUUCCGCGAAUGAUUGAGGAUGAGAAAACACUUACAUCGAAGUUCAAGCCACACACAUACAAAUCUGACGAAGAGAUUCAGGACAUUUCGUCGGUUAAACCAAUAGAUAAUAAAUCGGUAAGAAAGUUCGAGGAAACUACGAAAUCCAAGGUAAUUUCUUCGGUACGCGAAACUGACCGUAAACCGAAGGUUGCGUCUCGAGCUGCAAUUAAGCCACGCGUGCGCGAUUCAGAUGAUGAACUUGAGGACGCUUGGAGUAUUCACAAUCCGGGAGAACGUGAUAACGAAUCUGCGCCAUAUUAUAGAGACAUGUCGUCAGAUAAAACACACAAAUCUCGUACACCCGCAGAUACAUCACAUCCAUGUCAAAAAUCUAACGAAGACAAAGAUAAACCAUUACCACGUGACAUAGAUGUAAAUAAAUCACAUCCACAAAAAUCGGACAAAGAAAUUGAGGAUACUUUGAAAGACAAAACACAUUUACACGAUACGUCUACAAGUAAAAUACUCCCACAUAAAUCCAAAGAUAUUUCUGUAGAUAAAACACCCUCUCGCGAUACACAUAAAAUACACCCACAAAAAUCAGAUGACGAAAUUGAGGAUAUUUGGGCAAAUAAAGAACGCGAUACUGAUUCCAAAAAAUGUGACAAAGAUGCCCCGAAAGAGAAAAUUCAUUUGCCUAAUACGUCUACAAGUAAAAUACUCCUACAUAAAUCCGAUGAUAUUUCAACUGAUAAGAUACUUUCUUAUGAUACACGUAAAAUACAUCCACAUAAGUCAGACAAAAAAAUUGAGGAUAUUUCGAAAGAAAAGACGUGUUUGCCAGAUGCACCUACGAGUAAAAUAUUUCCAUAUAAAUCCGACGAUAUUUCAAAACAUAAAACACUUUCUCAUGACACAUCUAUAUAUAAAAUACAUCCACAGGAUGAAAUUGAGGAUAUUUGGUCGACUAAGCCGAAAGAACAAGACUUCGAUUCCAAAAAACAUGACAAAGACAUACCGAAAGAUAAGACAUUUUUACGUAAUACAUCUACAAUUAAAACACAACCACACAAACCUGAUGAGGUGCGGAAAGACAAAACACUUUCAUAUAAUACACCCAUAGCUAAAAUAUACAAACCUAGCGAAGUGUCGAAAGACAAAACACUUGUAUACGAUACAUCUAAAGACAAAAUACAGCCACACAAACCUGAUGAAGAAAUUGAGAACGUUUGGUCGACUAAACCGAAAGAGCGAGAUAUUAAUUCUAAAACUUACAACAAAGAUUUACCGAAAUCUAAAGAUAAGUUGUCCUGUCGUCAAUCUGACGAGGAAAUUGAGAAUAUUCAAUCUAAACGAAAGGAAAGUGACACUAGAUUACGUAAAAAUGACGAGGAUUCGCCCAAAACAAAAGAUAAAUCAUCUCAUCGUCAAUCUAACGAAAAGAUUGAGGAUAUUUGGUCGAAGCAGAAGGAAUAUGAAAACAAACCUCGCAAAACAGAUGAGGGUACACCGAUAAUUAAGACUAAGAGACGUGUGUCUGACGAUCAAACUGAUGGCAAUAUAUCUUUAGACAAAAUAAAAGAACGCAAUACCCAGCCUACGCAAAAUAACGAGAGCAAGUUGACUCCGAAAUCGAAGAGACACGAUGAUAGGCGCGUUUCACACCAUGAGGAUAUCGCGCGCUCCGUAGACGCACCACACAAAACUCUACUCGAUCGAGAUGUCAAAACUUACUACACGCACUACAAUUACGAUGUAUGGGCGCCAAAAUCUAUUGAGCAUGAAUCAAAUUCUGUCACAAUCGAUAAGGAUAUUUUGUUACCCACUGUUAAACCACAAACGCACGAAUCUGAUGAUGAUAUUGAGGAUAUCUGGACUUCGAGAACUGAAGACGACGCGCCCAAAUCUAUUAAAAGAUUGGAGGAUUCGCGAGAUAUCAAAGUUGCACCUUAUAAAAUCGGAGACAGUGUCGAGGAAUCAACACCCGCACCUAAACCUAUGUCCAAACCUAGGAACAGCAUAAGUAAACCUAAAGAAAGGGAGGUCGAUAUAUCCAAACAUGAAAUAGGAGAGAACAAACCAAAAGAGGUCAAGAGCAAAGAUACUAAUUCUACACUUGAUAAAGAAGAAAUACCCAAGAAAAAGGUGUCCACUAGACGUAGAUCGUCGACUAAAUCGACAGAAGGAUCUGAGGAACCAAUAUUGAAACCAAAGAAGAAGAAACCUAAAUCCGUGGAUGAAUCUAAGAAAGAAGAACCGCCCACAAAUCUGAAAACUCUCGAAAAAUCAGAAACACCGAAGGAGGAAGCUAAGCCUAAACCGGGAGAGGCGAAGGUGGAACCGAAAGCCAAACCCAAAGCGGAGGAAGUGAAGGAAGCCAAAUCUAAACCAGGCGAACCAAAGGAGGAACCGAAAGCCAAACCUAAACCUGAGGAAGUAAAGGAAAUAUCAAAGUCUAAACCGGAUGAAAUAAAGGAGAUGCCGAAAGAAGUAAAGAUUGAUGAAAAACCUAAAGCUAAACUAGAAGAAAUUAAGGAAAAACCGACGGCCAAACCUAAACCAGAUGAAUUAAAGAAAGAGGAACCUGCAAAGAAACUUACGCCUAAACCAGAACCAAAGAAAGAAGAGGAGGUAACUAAAAAGAGUUUGAAAUCCGUCAAGCAACUCGAAGAAGAGAAGAAGACGCAAGAGAAAGUCGAGCUUAAGCCGAAGGAUGCCACCAAACCGAAAUCCCGUUUACCACCGAAACAGGAAGUAAAAACCGAAACCUUUCAGGGGAUUCAGCUUAAGCCAGUUACGAAGGAUCCGAAACAGCCUCAGCAGGCUGAGGCUGGCAAGAUGGAACUUAAGAAAACCGAGAAGACAGAAAAAGUUGAUGCGAAAAAGACAAAGGUAACAAAGGCAGGGAAAGAGGCGAGUUACGAACUUCCGGAGAUUCCGGAUUAUGAAAGACCUGUCCUUGAGAAACCUCAGGAAUUCGAGUUUGGCGAGUUUGUUCCUCGCGAUAAGACGAAACUCGAUAGACCGGCCACACAGAAAUUCGAAUCUAAGCCAAAACUACCGGAGAUCAAAGCUCCCGAGACACCCAAGAUCGAAGUUAUCAAGGACGUGACACCAGUCGGCAGCAGGAAGGGUUCUUUAGCACCCGGAAGCGGAACUAGCAGUCGACGCGGUUCACUCAUACCGCCCGAGGAAUUGGGUCGUAGGCCCAGCCUGAUCAUUAGUGACGAGGAGCAUAGGAAGCUUCGUCCCGGCGAGGUGGUGGACGAGCGCAAGCGUCGUCGUCCGAGCACAGCGGACAUCAGAAGACCCAGCGUGGCGGACCUUGAGAAUAGGAUCAACUUACCUAGCACACCUUUGCGAGAUGUCGGGCCAGGUGGACCACCCCAGAUCGUCGAUGUCCAGGAAUCAUAUUCUGCCGUCGAAGACUCGACGGCGUAUCUCACCGUCGCGGUGGAGGGUACGCCCGCGCCAACUUUCAAAUUUUACAAGGGCAUCACCGAGAUCAUCGAGGGUGGACGCUUCAAGUUCCUCACGGACUCGGAGACCAAUACGAUCACCCUCUGCAUGAGGAAGACGAAGCCCAACGACGAGGGCACUUACAAGAUCGUCGUGAGCAACAUCCACGGCGAGGAUUCUGCCGAGAUGCAGCUCUACGUUUCCGACGCCAGUGGCAUGGACUUCCGUGCUAUGUUGAAAAAGAGGAAAUAUCAGAAAUGGGCACGAGAAGAGGCUGAGCAGGAGAAGGUAGACCUGAAGGAAGUCGAAAAGCCCAUGCCGGCGUUGAAGAAAGUGGAAAAGAAACAAGAAAGUUUCCUGAAGCCACUGGUGGACCAAUACGCCAAGGAAGGCAAAGACAAGAAGGUCGUCUUCGAAGCGAACUUUUCGAAACCGAACGCCAAGCCGAAGUGGUUCUUCCGAAAAGACGAAUUAUUCCCAUCGGCGAAAUACAAAUUCAAAAAUGAGGAAGAUUGCUAUCAGCUUAUAAUCACUCCACCAAAAGUGGAAGACACUGGAAAAUACACAAUCGAAAUUGCCGGUGUAUCGAGCACGGCUUUCCUUAAUGUAGAUGAGCCCGAUCCGACGUAUAGCUUCCUGAAACCGUUGUCGAAGAAAACUAGCGGCUUUACCAAGCAUGAAGCUUAUAUGGAAUGUACAGUCAGUUCCAAUAUGGCGCAAGUUUCCUGGUACAAAGGCAAAACGAAACUCGAGGAUGGAGACCAGUACAGUAUUUCCAAAGACAUGUCCGGCGUGUGUCGAUUGGCGAUAAGGAGCGCGACUCUCGAAGACAGCGGGGAAUAUACUUGCAAGAUAAACAAGCAGACAGACAAAACCGAAACUGUUCUUACUAUAGUUGAAUAUCCUUAUAAGUUUGUCAAAGUGUUGAAACACCAGCAACUGAUAGAAAAGGAAACAUUGACUUUACUUUGCGAAUUGGACGAUGCCGCGGGUGAAGUUCAAUGGUUCAAGGGUGACCAGGCGAUCACACCUGACAAGAGGGUGCAAAUCAAGGAAGAAGGCAGGAAAAGGAAGCUCAUCAUUAAAGACAUUAAAGUCACGGACGCCGGGCUCUACUCUUGCGUGAGUAACGCGGAUAAGACCGAAGCUGAAAUUGUGAUAAACUAUGCCAAUCGCUUCAAUAAGAAGCUAAAGGACACCGUUGCUGUAGAGAGAGAAAAGCUGGUGCUGGAUGUCGAGCUUCAGGAUCAGACCGCGCCGGCCGUAUUUUACUUCAACGGCGAGAAGAUUGAACCUAAUGAGAGAGUGGAGAUCAAGAAUCUAGGUGGCGGUAAACAUCAGUUAAUUUUUAAUAAACUGGAAAUGACGGACGAUGGUGAGAUUAUGUGCGAGAGCGGCCAACUGACGAGCAGUUGCAAGCUCACUGUGAAGAAAGGCGAGAGCAAGCCCAUCGUCGACUUCCCCGACAAAGUCGAAGGACCCUGCAGCGCACCAUUGGUCUUUGUUGUGCCUUUUAAAGUCGAGGGCACCAAGCAGAGUCAAGUGGAAGCGAAGCUGAUGAAAGAUGGCAAAGCGCUACCUCUUAAGGACGUCGAAAUCGUCGUUGGUGAGGAUAAGGUCACGUAUAAGAUCAAGAAACCUCAACGCGAGUCGUCUGGUAUCUAUCAGAUAAAAAUCGGCAAUAACCAGGGCGAAGAAGUAAAGGAUGUCAAUAUCGUUAUGCAAGAUGUCCCCUCUGCGCCGUACGACGUCGAAGUUAAUGAAAUCUUCCAGAAUUCCUGCGUCGUAUCCUUCAAGCCAUCGAAGGAUGAUGGCGGAUCACCUAUCACAAAGUACGUCAUCGAGCGCCUCGAUCUUAGCUUGAAAUCUCAGUGGGAUAGUGUAGGCGAAGUUAUGACGGGCGAGAAAUGUGUCUAUAAAGUUGAAGAUUUAAUUGCGAAGAGAGAAUACAAAUUCCGCAUACGAGCCGUAAAUAAACUCGGUUCCAGCGAACCGGCAAUGUUUGCCAAACCUGUCUUAGCCAAAGACCCAUGGGACGAGCCAGGCAAACCCACGAAUGUCGAGGUAACUGAUUGGGAUAAAGAUCAUGCUGAUUUAACAUGGACAAAACCCGAGAACGAUGGUGGUGCACCCAUUACCGGCUAUGUAAUCGAAUAUAAAGAGAAAUUCGGCAAGGAAUGGGUGACAGGCAAGGAAAUCGAGGGUGACGUAACUCAAGCUACUAUUGACGGUCUCAAGGAAGGCACGCAGUAUGAAUUCAGGAUACGAGCGGUGAAUAAAGCAGGUCCUGGUGAGCCGUCUGAUGCUACCAAGCCGAUUAUCGCCAAGUGUCGAUUUGUUAAGCCGUACAUCGUCGGUGAUGGUCUCACAAACCUGAUUGUUAAAAAGGGCCAAAUCAUCAAAUAUGACAUCAAAUACGCCGGCGAACCGGAACCGGAGGUGCACUGGUAUCUAGGCCAAAAGGAGAUCAUUCAGGACGCGGCCGAGAGAAUCACAAUCGACAAAUACGAAAGAAAUACUGUAUUGACAGUCAGGAAAACGACUAGAUCUGAUUCCGGAAAAUAUAAAUUAGUGCUGACGAAUAGUUCCGGCACUUGUGAAAGCGUCGCUGAUGUCGUCGUACUUGAUAAACCGUCGAUUCCGCAAGGACCUCUCAAAGUAGAGGAAGUCCGUUCCGAUCACGUUAAAGUCAAAUGGGACACGCCGGAGGAUAAUGGCGGUACCGAUAUUACGGGUUACGUAUUGGAAAAAAUGGACCUGGACACUGGACGAUGGAUUCCAGCUGGAGAAACUGGCCCUAAUGAAAAGAUUUUCACGUUUUCUGGUUUAACGCCCAAAAAGAAGUACAAAUUCCGCGUCAAGGCAGUCAAUAAGGAGGGCGAGUCCGAACCCUUGGAGGUCGAGGAAGCUAUUCUCGCGAAAAAUCCUUAUGACGAGCCUGGUAAACCUGGUAAGCCACAGAUCUUUGAUUAUGAUAACGUCAGUGUGUCUUUGAAAUGGGAGAAACCGAAGAGCGACGGUGGCAGGCCGAUCACUCAUUAUACCGUCGAGAUGAAGGACAAAUUCUCCCCCGAUUGGAUUGAGGUAAUGAAGACCACUGAUUCAACUCCCGAAGCCAAAGUGGAAGGUCUUAAGGAAAAGAUGGUGUAUCAAUUCCGCGUUCGUGCUCACAACAAAGCUGGUCCUAGCGAGCCCAGCGAUGCUACGGACAAUCAUCUUUGCAAGCACAGGAACUUGAGACCAAGAAUCGACCGAACCAACUUCAAAUCAGUCAUCAUCAAAGCUGGUCGCACUCAUAAAUGGUCUGUGGAUGUUUCUGGUGAACCUCCACCAGAGACCAGAUGGAUUUGGAGAGAUAAUAUCCCAUUAACUACUACCGAACGUAUCAAGAUCGAGAAUGUCGAAUAUCACACGGACUUCACGAUCGUGAAUGCGAUACGCAAGGAUACCGGAAAGUACACUUUGAUUGCCGAAAAUGCUAACGGCAAAGACGAAGAGACUGUCGAACUCACUGUGCUCGGGAAACCGGAUGCUCCUAAGGGACCAUUGGAAGUUAGCGAUGUCACCAACACUUCGGCCAAAGUGAAAUGGGAGAAACCGGAAGAUGAUGGUGGUAUGCCGAUCAAAGAGUACGAAAUCGAGAAAAUGGACACGAAGACUGGUAAAUGGGUCAGAGUCGGCAAAGUGCCUGGAAAUUCGCCAAAUACGGAAUUUGAAAUCACUGGCUUGAAUCCUGGAAGCGAAUAUAAGUUCCGCGUAACAGCUGUCAAUGACGAGGGCGAUUCGGAACCUUUGGAAAGCGAUCGCGGUGUUGUCGCCAAGAAUCCAUAUGACGAACCUUUGAAGCCUGGAACGCCCGAAAUCACCGAUUACGAUAACGAAUCUGUAAGCUUGAAAUGGACUCCGCCUGAGUUUGACGGAGGAGCACCAAUUGAGAAAUAUAUUAUUGAGAAGAAGGAUCGAUACAAGCCUGAUUGGGAAAAGGCUAUCGAAGUUCCUGGAAAUCAACUUGAGGGCAAAGUACCCGAUCUGAAAGAAAAAGGCGAAUAUCAAUUCCGAGUCAUUGCCGUGAACAAAGCUGGAUCUUCACCUCCGUCAGAUGCAUCAAAGAUGCAGAUCUGCAAGCAUAAAGCUCUGAAACCGAGAAUUGACAGAACGAACUUGAAACCGAUCGUCGUACGGGCUGGCAAAACUGUUAAGUACGACGUAGAUGUGCGCGGUGAACCGCCACCUGAGAUUACAUGGUACCACGUCGGCAGUGAAGUAAAAUCCGGUGAGAACAUCGAGAUCGUCAAUGUUGAUUACAACACGAAGAUCACCAUCACUGAUAGUGUGCGUAAAAACACUGGUCUGUGGAAAAUCAAGGCUGUCAAUCCUCACGGCGAAGACGAGGCGGAAGUCGAAGUGACGAUUUUAUCGGCUCCUGGAAAGCCAAAGGGACCACUCAAAGUCGCGGAUGUCACAAAGAACGGCUGCAAGCUCAAAUGGGGUAAACCGGAAGACGAUGGUGGCAAGCCGAUCACUGGAUACCAAGUGGAAAAAUUGGAUAAAGCAACAGGCAGAUGGAUACCGGUCGGCCGUACUGCAGACACUGAAAUGGAUGUAAAGGGUCUUCAAGAGGGUCAUGAAUACGAGUUUAGAGUGAAAGCUUUGAAUGACGAAGGAGAAUCAGAACCUCUUGUAUCAGAUGGAUCCACGCUCGCAAAGAAUCCUUAUGAUGUUACAAGCAAGCCUGGAACACCGGAAUUCGAGGAUUGGGACGUCGAUCGCGUUGAUCUCAAAUGGGAACCUCCUAAAGACACUGGUGGUGCACCGAUCACCGGUUAUAUUAUUGAAAAGAAGGAGAAACCCUCAUCGCAAUGGGAGGAAGCUCUUGUCACCGAUUCACCACAACCAAAAGGUCGCGUCACCGGCUUGAAGAAAGGUUCCACUUAUCAAUUCCGUGUUCGUGCUGUUAACAAAGCCGGACCAUCGGAGCCCAGUGAUCCAACCAAGCCGCACGUUGCAAAAGCAAGAUUCUUGAAACCGCACAUUAAUCGUGAUAAACUGCAGACCAUUAAAGUAAGGGCAGGUCAACUAGUGAAAUUAGAAGUCGAUGUCGAAGGUGAACCUCCUCCAACAAUUACAUGGAGUUUUGCUGAUGCGCCACUCCAAACUGGAGCUAAUGUAAAGAUCGACAACGAAGAUUAUCUUACUAAGAUCCAGUUAACAAAUACCAGUCGCAAAUUAACUGGCAAAUAUACUAUCAAGGCUGUGAAUGAUUCCGGACAAGAUGAGGCUGAUGUGGAGAUCAAUAUUCUCGACAAGCCUGGAAAACCGGAAGGGCCGCUGGAAGUCACCGACGUACACAAGGAGGGCUGCAAAUUGAAGUGGGAUAAACCGAAGGACGAUGGUGGACUUCCUCUCACCGGUUACUUAGUUGAAAAAAUGGACGUGACAACGGGUCGUUGGGUACCGGCUGGUAUCGUGGAUCCUGAAAAAACUGAACACACGCUUACUGGUUUGGAGCCCGGCCAUAAAUACGAAUUCCGCGUGAAGGCUGUGAACGAAGAGGGAGAAUCGGAACCUCUACAAACCGACGUUGGCGUCGUAGCUAAAAAUCCAUACGAUGCACCAGCGGCUCCUGGACUUCCAGAAAUCAUUGAUUGGUCGGAGAACAUGGUGAAGCUUAAGUGGGAGCCACCGAUAAGAGACGGUGGUGCACCAAUUACUGGGUAUAUAAUCGAGAUGAAGGAUAAGUUUGGUACUAAUUUCGUCAAGGCUGCUGAAGUGCAAGGGCCUGUGUGUACUGGCACAGUUCCACGUUUAGAAGAAGGCAAUCAAUAUCAGUUCAGAGUACGAGCUGUUAAUAAGGCUGGUCCUGGUGAACCUAGCGAGGCCACCAAUCCUCACACCGCUAAAGCUCGUUGGUUGAAACCGUACAUCGAUCGCACGAAUCUGAAUCCUGUAACGAUAAAGGUUGGCCUUACCGUAACUCUAGACGUGAACAUAAUUGGUGAACCGCCACCAAAAGUCACUUGGACUUUCAAAGACAAGGAACUCGUAUCGGACGACACGAUACGAAUCGACAAUAUUGAUUACAAUACAAAGUUCUUUAUUCUCAAGACUAAACGUGCGCAUACUGGCAAAUACGUCAUCAAGGCGAAGAACGAAGUAGGCGAGGAUACUGCCGAAGUAGAAAUCACCGUUCUUGGCAAGCCCAGCAAACCAAAGGGUCCCUUGGAAGUAAGCGAUGUUAACAAACAUGGUUGCAAACUCAAAUGGGACAAACCCGAGGAUGACGGUGGUUCACCAGUCGAAUACUAUGAGAUCGAGAAGCUGGAUCCUCUCACAGGACAAUGGAUUCCUUGCGGUCGUAGUACCGAACCUGAAGCAACCAUUACCGGAUUACAGGAGGGCAAGCCAUACAAAUUCCGCGUGAAAGCCGUCAACAGAGAAGGAGAAUCCGAUGAUUUAGAGGCGGACAAAUCUAUCAUAGCCAAAAAUCCUUUCGACGAACCAGGCAAACCUGGACGACCAGAACUCAAGAAUUGGGACAAGGACUUUGUCGAUCUCGAAUGGACUCCGCCCAAAGACGACGGUGGUGCGCCGAUCGAGAAAUAUAUUGUACAGAUGCGAGACAAAGAGGGUAGACAGUGGGUGGAUGUCGCUAAGGUUCCGGGAGAUCGUACGGCGGCUAAAGUGACCGAUGGUAUCCAAGAGGGUCAUGAAUAUGAGUUCAGAAUCGUGGCGGUCAAUAAGGCCGGGCCUGGCGAGCCCAGCGAUACCUCGAAGAGUGUCGUCGCCAAGCCUCGAUUCCUGGCACCGCAUAUUGACCGUAAGAAUCUCCAGAAGAAAGUUAUGCGAAUUGGCCAGAUGUUGCGACUCGAGGCCGAUAUUAAAGGCGAACCGCCACCAGUCGUGACAUGGAAACGCAAAGAGACGGUGCUGAAGAGUAUGGACCGACUCAAGAUCGAGAACGAAGACUAUCAUACUAUGUUUAUUCUUAACAAAGUCCAACGUUCGGACGCCGGCACUUAUACCGUUAUCGCCAAGAACGAUAGCGGUACCGAUCAGGUCGACGUUGAGAUUCAGGUACUAAGCAAACCUAGCAAACCAAAAGGACCGCUCGAAGUAUCCAACGUGACAGCCGAGGGUUGUAAGCUGAAAUGGGAUAAACCUGAUGAUGAUGGUGGCGAACCGGUUGAUCAUUACGUCAUCGAGAGGAUGGACGUAGACACCGGGCGUUGGGUACCAUGUGGUACAAGUAAGACUCCAGAGGCAGACGUAUCUGGUCUGAAUGAAGGUAAGGAUUAUCAAUUCCGUGUCAAAGCUGUCAACUCCGAAGGCGAAUCCGAACCUUUGGAAACAUCAAUACCAACGACCGCCAAAAAUCCUUAUUCUGAGCCUGAUGCUCCUGGUAAACCCGAGUUGAAAGACUGGUCGAAGAAUCAUGUGGACCUAAAGUGGAAAGCCCCGAAGAAGGAUGGCGGUGCUCCGAUUGAGAAAUACAUCAUCGAAAAGAAAGACCAGUAUGGCAAAUGGCAGAAAGCCGCAGAAGUUCCGGGCAACAAAACCGAAGCCAAAGUGCCAGAUCUUGUGGAGGGCCAAAAAUAUCAAUUCCGUGUUAAGGCCGUGAACAAAGGUGGUCAGAGCAAGCCUAGCGAGCCCAGCGACACCCUAACUGCUAAGGAUCGCUACGCCGCGCCCAAGAUCGAUCGCACAAACUUGAAGGACAUCACGAUCAAGGCUGGUAAUAUUAUUCGAUUGGAUGUUAAAGUCACGGGUGAACCGCCGCCAAGCAAGACUUGGUUCUUGAACAAGGCUAAGCAGGAAUCCGGCAAUGUCUUAACUAUCGAAACGGAAGACUACAAGACCAAAUUCGUAAUCUCGUCGGCGAGCAGAGCACAUUGCGGCACGCUGACUUUAAAGGCGGAGAACAGUUCCGGCAAAGAUGAAGCAUCGAUCGAAAUCCUGGUGCUGGAUAAGCCUAGUAAACCUGAAGGACCACUCAAAGUAUCCGACGUGCACAAAGAGGGUUGUACUCUCAAAUGGAAUCCACCCGCGGAUGACGGUGGUGCACCUUUGGAUCAUUAUGUGGUCGAGAAGAUGGAUACGGAGACUGGAAGAUGGAUACCCGUCGCACGUACCAAGGAACCUACUAUGGCAGUGGAGAACUUGGUGCCCGGACAAGAGUAUAAGUUCCGAGUCGCGGCUGUAAAUGCGGAGGGUGAAUCCGAACCGUUGGAGACUGAACACGGCAUCGUCGCCAAAAAUCCCUUCGAUGAACCUGGUGCACCAGGACGUCCGGAGGCGACCGACUGGGACAAGGAUCAUGUAGAUCUGCGAUGGACUCCGCCGUUGAAAGACGGCGGAUCUCCAAUCACCGGAUAUGUGAUUGAAAAACGGGAGAAAGGCGCACCUAAAUGGAUCAAAGCGUGCGAGACCGGACCGGAUUGCAAAGGCCGUGUCGACAAUCUUGAUGAGGGUGUGGAAUAUGAAUUUAGAGUCAAAGCCAUUAACGCUGCCGGUCCUGGCGAACCAUCCGAUGCCAGCAAACCCAUUACUGCCAAGUGUCGAAGACUCGCGCCAAAGAUUGACAGACGAAACUUGCGUGACAUAACUGUGCGCGAAAAUGAAGCCUUCCACUUCGAUGUCAAAAUUAUCGGCGAACCUCCGCCAGAUGUUACAUGGGUGAUCAAUAAUAAGAGUAUCCAGCAGACCACGCACCGCAGAAUACAGAACGUGCCUUAUAAUAGCAAAUUCUUCAAUGACAAGCCUGAACGUAAGGAUAGUGGCACUUAUAAGAUCACAGCAGUCAAUCAACACGGAUCCGACACUGCCGAAGUCGAAGUCACCGUUGUCUCCAAGCCAAGCAAGCCGGAAGGACCACUCGAGGUAUCCGAUGUGCACAAGGAAGGAUGCACGCUUAAAUGGAAGAAACCUAAAGACGAUGGUGGAGAACCAAUUGAAGGCUACCUCGUGGAGAAGUUCGAUCCAGAGACAGGUGUCUGGUUACCAGUUGGUAAAACUACUGGACCCGAAAUGAAAGUCGAAGGGCUUACACCUGGACAUGAAUACAAGUUUCGAGUCAAGGCACUCAACAAGGAAGGAGAAUCUGAACCGUUGGAAACCUUCGGCUCCAUCGUAGCCAAAGAUCCGUUUACUGUGCCAACUGCACCUGGAGCACCAGAGCCGGUUGAUUGGACGGCCAAUCAGGUCGAACUCGCCUGGAAGGAGCCUGUCAGUGACGGUGGAUCGCCUAUCACGGGUUACAUUAUUGAAAAGAAAGACAAAUACAGUACUAUGUGGGAGAAAGCUUUGGAAACCGAAACGCCAGUCACCAAAGCUCUCGUACAUGGUUUAAUAGAAGGCAACGAUUAUCAAUUCCGCGUGAUCGCCGUAAACAAGGCUGGCCAGUCAGAACCUGGCGAAGCUAGCAAGACAUUUACUGCUAAGCCACGUUUCUUGGCCCCGAAGAUCGACAGGCGCAAUCUGAGGGACGUUACUCUGUCUGCUGGCUCGAUGCUGAAAUUCGACGCCAACGUGAUUGGCGAACCACCGCCGCACAUUGAGUGGCGUUAUGGCGCGAUACCGCUUCAUUCCGAUCGCAAGGUGCAGAUCGACAACACCGACUACAAUACCAAAUUUAGCAUACGCCCGGUGUCGCGAGACGAUAGCGGCGAUUACACUGUCACGGCCAGCAAUUCGUCGGGCAAGGACUCGGUGACAGUACAAGUAACGGUCACAGAUAAGCCGACACCGCCCGAGGGACCGCUUCAAGUGUCAGAUGUACACAAGGAGGGAUGCAAGCUGAAGUGGAAGAGACCUAAAGACGACGGCGGUACGCCCAUCGAGUACUACCAGGUGGAUAAAAUGGACCCGGAGACCGGAUGCUGGGUACCCUGUGGACGUUCCACCGAGCCAACUCUCGAGGUGACGGGUCUAACACCUGGCAAAGAAUAUCUUUUCCGGGUGGCCGCGGUCAAUGCCGAGGGUGAAUCAAAGCCUUUGGAAGCAGAACAAACAAUAGUAGCCAAGAAUCCAUUUGACGAACCAGGCAAACCUGGUGAUCUUCGAGCCACUGACUGGGACAAAGACCAUGUUGAUUUGAAAUGGACCCCGCCGGAGAACGAUGGCGGUUCACCGAUCACCGGUUAUAUAGUCGAGAAGAAAGAUAAGUACGGCGAAUGGGAGAAGGCACUGGAAGUGCCCGCGGAUGAAACGUCUGCCACUGUACCAGAUCUCAUCGAAGGCCAGCCAUACGAAUUCCGUGUACGCGCCGUGAAUAAAGCUGGUCCCGGUGAACCGUCGGACGCCACGCCGACCAUCAUCGCAAAACCGCGUAAUCUCGCGCCCAGAAUCGACCGCACUAACUUGAUCGAAGUGAAAAUCAAGGCCGGCCAAAACUUCAACUUUGACUGCAAGGUAACGGGCGAGCCACCGCCAACCACCAAAUGGAUGCUGAAUGGUAAGGAGGUCCGACCGACUGAUCGCGUCAAAGUCAAGCACGUGGACUAUAACACCAGCCUAAGUGUGCGAAUGGCCACGCGUGCGGAAUCCGGCAAGUACACCGUCAUCGCUGAGAAUAUUAACGGCCGAGAUGAAGCCACGGUCAAGGUAACUGUGAUAGACAAGCCGAGUCCACCCCAAGGUCCGCUUCGCGCGUCCGACGUGCACGCCGAGGGCUGCAAGCUCUCGUGGAAGCCGCCCGAAGACGACGGCGGACAACCAGUUGAAAAGUACGUCGUCGAGAAAAUGGACGAGGCAACGGGUCGUUGGGUACCGGCUGGAGAAACCGACGGACCGGAAACGAGUCUGCAGGUGGAGGGCCUGACGCCACAACACAAAUAUAAAUUCAGAGUGAGAGCAGUCAACAAGCAGGGCAAAUCCGAGCCACUCACUGCCAUGCAGGGCAUCGAGGCGAAGAAUCCAUUCGACGAACCAGGGAAGCCAGGUACGCCCGAGGUGGUUGAUUAUGACACGGACUUCGUUGAACUUCAAUGGAAUCGUCCUGAUGAAGACGGUGGAUCACCGAUUACUGGUUACAUCAUAGAAAAACGCGACAAGUACAGUCCGACAUGGGAGAAAUGUGCUGAGGUUGAUGGCGACACGAACCGUGGUAGAGUCAAUGAUCUAGUCGAGGGAACUCCAUACGAAUUCCGCGUGAGAGCUGUAAACAAGGCUGGACCUGGUGAACCAUCAGAGGCAUCAAAGUCUCAUAUAGCACGACCCAAGAAUCUUCCACCAAAGAUUGACAGGAAGUAUAUGCUGGACGUGAAAGUACGCGCCGGCAGUUUCUUCGACUUUGAUGUGCCGGUGAUCGGCGAGCCACCGCCAAGCAAAGAGUGGUCGCUGAAGGAUAGCAUAGUGAUGGCGAGUGACCGUAUUAAGAUCACCAACGAAGAUUAUAACACCAAGGUUCGCGUAAUGGAGGCCAAACGCUCCGAUUCUGGGGUCUAUACGCUUGUGGCCAAGAAUGUGAACGGCAAAGAUUCCGCCACGUUGACGGUGAACGUGAUGGACGUGCCCUCACCGCCGGAAGGUCCGCUGAAGAUCGAUAACGUCACCAAAAACGGAUGUACCCUGAAGUGGCGACCGCCGAAGGAUGAUGGCGGCUGCGAAAUCCAGUACUAUCAAGUUGAGAAGAUGGACACGGAGAACAUGCGUUGGGUACCCGUGGCCGAAGCUAAUACUACCUCGGCGCAAGUAGGUCACUUGAUCGAGGGACAUGACUAUCAAUUCCGGGUGCGAGCGGUCAACAAACAGGGCGAAUCCCAACCGUUGACCGGAAUGGACACCAUCACUGCCAAAGAUCCGUUCGCUAAACCGGACAAACCUGGCACUCCAGUCGCCACCGACUGGGACAAGGAUCACGUGGAUCUCGAAUGGGCACCGCAAAAAGACGGUGGAUCACCCAUAACCGGUUACAUCAUCGAGAAGCGACCUCGUUUCGGACAAUGGGAAAAGGCCGCUGAAGUACCUGGAAAUAAAACUAGCGCCAGGGUACCGGAUCUCACUGAGGGUCAAGAAUACGAAUUCAGAGUCAUCGCUGUCAACAAGGGCGGACCUGGCGAUCCAUCCGACGCGUCGAUGCCGGUCAUUGCCAAACCGCGUUUCAUCGCUCCUUCGUUCGAUACACACUUGCUGAACGACUUGGUGGUUCGUGCGGGUCAGAAAAUUAGUUACAACAUUCCUAUCGUGGCAUCACCUAAACCGAAGGCAACAUGGAGUCGCGAUGGAGUUCAAAUUAUGGCCGAUGCUCGUCACGAGAUGUAUACUACUAAUACUGAAACUACCUUUGAAAUUCCGUUCUCUGUCCGUGGUGAUACUGGACGUUACACUUUAACUUUAGAAAAUGAACAUGGCAAUUUCAGCGCCAGUGCAAGAGUCACUGUCCUCGACAGACCAGGACCUCCGGAAAAACCUUUGGAAGUCAGCAAUGUCACAAAAGAGGGUUGUCAUUUAACUUGGGGACAUCCUCUCGACGAUGGUGGCAGUCCUAUCCUGCAUUAUGUCAUCGAAAAGAUGGACUUGUCCCGUGGAACUUGGUCCGACGCCGGCAUGAGUAUGGUACUUAGUCAUGAAGUCAGCCGUCUCACUCAUCGCAAAGAAUAUCUAUUCCGUGUCAAGGCUGUUAACAACAUCGGAGAAUCCGAUCCGCUUGAGACAACGAAGAGCAUCAUUGCAAAGAACGAAUUUGAUGAACCAGACGCGCCUGGCAAACCGCAAAUCACAGAUUGGGACAAGGACCACGUGGAUCUACAAUGGCCGGUACCGAAGAACGACGGUGGAUCGCCGAUCACGGGAUACAUUGUUCAGAAGAAGGAAAAGGGCAGUCCUUACUGGGUAAACGCAGUGCACGUACCGAAAGAUCAAAACAGCACGACUGUUCCGGACUUGACGGAAGGCCAGGAAUACGAGUUCCGUGUGAUUGCUGUCAACGCCGCCGGUCAAUCCGAACCAUCGGAGCCCAGUGAUCUUGUCACUGCCAAACCUCGUUAUUUGGCUCCAAAGAUCAAGACACCCUUGCAAGACGUUCGUAUUAAGGCUGGACUCAUCUUUCACGUGGACAUCGACUUCGUCGGCGAGCCGACGCCGGAGGCAACGUGGAGCGUAGGAAGCAACGAAUUGACUUCCAACGACAGGACAACGAUCACGUCGAUCGGUUAUCACACGAUCGUGCACAUUGUCAAUGCCAAGAGGUCCGAUUCGGGAUUAUAUCAUCUUUUGUUGAAAAAUAGCAGCGGUAUAGACGAGGGCAGUUUCCAAGUAACCGUCCUAGAUAAACCGGGACCACCGGAAGGUCCUUUAGAGUAUGAGGAAAUCACCAGCCAGUCCGUUACAUUGUCGUGGAAGCCUCCUAAAGACAAUGGAGGCAGCGAACUCACUGGAUAUGUCAUUGAAAAACGCGAUCUCACGCAUGGCGGCGGUUGGGUACCAGCAGUUACACAUGUUAAUCCCAAAUAUAAUCAUGCUACUGUGCCAAGAUUGCUUGAAGGAACCACGUAUGAAUUCCGUGUAUCUGCGGAAAAUCUUCAGGGCCGCUCCGAACCAUUGACUUUUACUUGUACAGUUGCUCCUGGACAACCUGGCAAACCGGAAUGCGUGGAUGCCGACAAGGAUCACAUCAAAAUCAAAUGGACUCCGCCUAUUAGCAAUGGUGGCUCCAAGAUCAUCGGCUAUGACGUGGAGCGUCGCGAUCGUGCUACAGGUCGCUGGAUAAAGCAAAACAAGGAACCGGUUAGAUAUCCUGAAUAUUACGAUGAUCAUGUAACCGAGGGUCAUCAGUACGAGUAUCGCGUGUCGGCUAUAAAUGCCGCCGGUGCUGGAAAACCAAGCGAGACCUCGUCCGUAUUCACGGCUAAACCUAUGAAAGAAAAGCCGAAGCUUCAUCUAGACGCUCUAAUCGGACGCAAGAUCAAAGUUCGCGCUGGAGAACCGAUCAAUGUCAACAUACCAUUGUCUGGCGCUCCCACGCCAAAGAUCGAAUGGACCAAGGAUGGAAAAUCACUUAUGGAGACCCUUCGUCUAUCUACCGAGACCAAGAGCGACCGAACGCAACUGCUUAUCGAGAAGUCUGUGCGAGAUGACAGUGGCAUGUAUACUAUAACCGCGACGAACGAGCACGGAAAGGACUCAGCCGAGAUUGAAGUAAUAGUUGUGGAUAAGCCUGGACCACCUCAGGGUCCUCUACAAUACACCGGCACGACGCAAGAGUCCGUCGGGCUGUCCUGGAACCCACCAAUGGACAACGGUGGCUCCGACAUUACGAACUACAUUGUCGAAGUCUCAGAUUACGGUUCUGACAAUUGGCGACAAGUACCUGGAUAUGUUCCCAGGACGAGUUUUACAGCAAAGGGCUUGACUGAAGGCAGGAAGUACGUCUUUAGAGUCCGCGCCGAGAACAUGUACGGAGUAUCGGAGCCCUUGGAGGGCAAGCCCGUGGUCGCCAAGAGUCCCUACGAUCCACCAGAUGCGCCAAGCCAGCCUGAGGUUCUUGGUUACACUCCCAACAGUUGCAGUCUCUCGUGGAAUCCGCCUAUCAAUACUGGAGGAAAGCCUAUCACUGGUUAUUACGUGGAGAGGCGCGAGCGUGGUGGCGAAUGGUUGAAAGUUAACAACUACCCAACACCGAAUACGACAUUCACUGUGCAGGAUCUCCACGAAGGUUCGCGAUAUGAGUUUAGAGUGAUCGCUGUCAAUGAGGCUGGACCUGGAAAACCUAGCAAGCCUACUGAACCGAUCACAGCCGGACACCAACGCCUGCGUCCUGAUGCACCCGAACCGCCUAAAGCCGAUAGGAUAACUAAAGAUUCAGUGACUCUGAGCUGGCGAGCACCGCGAAGCGAUGGCGGCUCGAAGAUCCGAGGAUACAUUAUUCAGAAGAAAGCCAAGGGUGAUGACGAUUGGUCAGAUGUAAACGGCGCGCCUAUACCGAGCAACGUAUACACCGUGCCGAAGCUGAAAGAGGGCGAGGAAUAUCUCUUCAGGGUGUUUGCGGUGAAUGACGUCGGCAGCAGCGACCCGAGUCGACCUAGCAAUCCGAUCAUCAUCGAAGAACAACCCAACAAACCGGUCAUGGACCUCGGUGGAGUUCGCGAUAUCACUGUUCGUGCCGGUGAAGAUUUCUCUAUUCAUGUACCUUAUAUCGGCUUCCCCAAACCAACCGCCACGUGGUUUGCGAACGAUGUCAUUAAAGACGAAACCGAUCCACGUGUGCAUCAGCAGCUAGCCGAUGAUUUUGCCAGCCUGGUAGUGAAGAAUGCGAAACGUUCGGACGGAGGACAGUAUAGACUUCAGCUGCGCAACUCGUCUGGUUUUGACACAGCGACCGUCAACGUCAAGGUUCUCGAUCGUCCUAGUCCGCCUGAGAAUCUUCGUGCAGAUGAAUUCGGAGGCGACGCCCUCACUCUCUUCUGGAACCCGCCUAAAGACAACGGCGGUGCUGAUGUCACUAACUACGUGAUCGAGAAAGAACCGAAAGCGGCUACGUGGUCUAAAGUGAGCAGCUACGUCACGACACCAUUUGUGCGAGUCAGAAAUCUGACGGUCGGUCAGGUUUACGAAUUCCGGGUAAUGGCAGAAAACCAGUACGGCACGUCGGAUCCAGCGACAACGAUCGAUCCGAUCAAGGCGCGACAUCCAUUUGAUCCUCCGGGCGCACCUGGAACACCUCGUGGUGUAGAAACUACCGAGGACAGCAUUACCAUUACUUGGACCAAGCCUCGUCACGACGGCGGCUCUCCGAUCCUCGGAUACGUCAUUGAGAAGCGUUUGCUAAACGAGGAUAAAUGGGUUAAGGCUACCCCAGCUUUGGUGCACGAUACUACUUACAAAGUUACCGGGCUCAUUGAGAAUCACGAUUAUGAAUUCCGCGUGGCUGCGGAAAAUGCUGCCGGUCGCGGACCAUGGAGCUCCAAUUCCGACAUCAUUCGUGCCAGCGCUGCACCAUUCCCACCAAAGAUCACGAGCGAUCUCAGCAUCCGUGAUAUGACUGUAAUUGCUGGAGAACCAUUCACCAUUACGGUACCAUAUACAGCUAACCCCAAGCCGAGACCGAGCUGGUCCAUCAACGGCGAGGAAGUUCUCACUGGCGAAAGGAUUAAAUUUGAGACCACCGAUGUUGCCUCACAGUUCGUCAACAAGAAAGCGCAAAGAUCGGAUACCGGCACGUACACGAUAUAUCUCACGAAUACCGUCGGCACAGAUUCCGCCUCAUGCAAGGUCCUCGUCGUCGACAAACCAUCGCCACCUCUGGCACCUUUGGACAUCUCUGAUAUCACUCCGGAAACCUGCACAUUGACGUGGAAACCUCCUUCCGAUGAUGGUGGUUCGCCAAUCACGAAUUACAUUGUCGAGAAACUGGAUCCAGCCGGCUAUUGGGUGAAGCUCAGUAGCUUUGUGAGAAGCACGCACUAUGACGUCAUCGGUUUGGAACCGAAUCGUACUUAUAACUUCCGCGUACGAGCGGAAAAUCAGUACGGCGUAUCUGAUCCGCUACAGGCUGAUGAACCGAUAACGGCCAAAUUCCCAUUCACAGUGCCAGAUCCACCCGGACAGCCACGAGUCAUCGAUUGGGACACCUCGAAUGCCACGGUGGUCUGGACGAGACCUUUAUCCGAUGGUGGCUCCCGCAUCCAGGGUUACAAAAUCGAGUUCCGCGAUCCUGCCGAAGACAUGCAAUGGCGCGUGGCGAAUGACUAUCUCUUCAAAGACACCACGUAUGUGUGUUACGGCCUAAUGAGCGGUCACGAAUACGAAUUUAGAAUUCGUGCGAAGAACGCGGCCGGCUUCAGCAAGCCGAGUCCGCCGUCUGCGCCGUUCAGACUCAAGAGCAAGUUUAAUGUGCCAUCGCCACCUGGCACGCCGCAAGUCGUUAAGGUCGGCAAGAACUACGUCGACCUGCGAUGGGAGCCGCCCGUGUCCGAUGGUGGCAGCAGGAUCACCGGUUACAUAAUCGAGAAGCGUGAAGUGGGCAGCGCGAUGUGGUCCAAGUGCAACGAAUACAAUGUCGUAGAUACUGAGUACACGGUUAUGCAUCUGAUCGAACGGGGCGAUUACGAGUUCAGAAUUUUCGCGGUAAAUGCAGCCGGCAGGUCUGAGCCGAGCUCGUGCACCACCCCGGUGAAAAUCUGCGAGGUCGAGGGUGGUGAGAAACCGGAAUUUAUCCGAAAUCUGCCUAUCAGUCAUAUUAUACCGCUUGGCAAGACUCUCGUCCUCGAAUGCGAGGCCACGGGUAAACCUCUGCCGACUGCCAGAUGGCUGAGGAACGGCCGCGAGAUCACUUUGGGCGGUCGCUUCCGUGCCGAGGCGAUAAACGGCAUCUACAGACUAGUAAUAUCCGAGGUGUGGGAUGCUGAUGACGGUGACUACAGUUGCCAGAUCUCGAAUCCGCUCGGCGUCGCCGCGACCACAUGCAGGCUAAAGAUCGGUACGCCGCCACGCAUCGAGCGCAUACCGGGUGAUCUCUAUCUACCGGAGGGCGACAACACGAAGAUCAAGAUUUAUUACAGCGGCGACCAACCAAUGGAAGUGACUCUGAAAAAGGACGGCCGCCAAAUCGUGGAGACUACGCACAUCAAAUAUACCGUGUUCGACGAGUACCUCAUUAUCUUCAUCAAGGAUAUUCAGAAGGAUGACGCUGGCACUUACGACCUGUCCAUCUCGAACGAUAGUGGCAGCGUCAGCGCGUCUUUCAACGUGUACAUCACUGGACUGCCUGGACCACCGACCGGACCGCUCGAUGUCUCCGAUAUUGACAAGCACACGUGCACCUUAUCCUGGCAUCCACCCAAGUACGAUGGCGGUCUUCGAGUCACCCAUUAUGUGGUGGAGCGUCGCGAUGUCAGCCACACUCACUGGAUCAUUGUAUCCUCCUUCUGCAAAGACACCACCUUCGUCGUGCAGGGCCUUACCGAGGGCCAGGAAUAUCUCUUCCGGGUGAUGGCCGCUAAUGACAACGGCAUGGGACCACCGUUGGAGGGCACCAAUCCGAUCAAAGCCAAGGCGCCGUUUGAUCCACCAGGACCACCCGGCACGCCCAAAGUCAUCGAGGUUGGCGGAGACUUCGUCAAUCUCUCCUGGGAGAAACCGGAAACAGAUGGCGGCGCCAAAAUCCAGGGUUACUGGAUCGACAAGAGAGAAGUCGGCAGUCAGGCAUGGCAGCGCGUGAACGUCAGCAUUUGCCUGCCGACGCAGAUCAAUAUCAGCAACCUGAUCGAAGGAAGGCAAUACGAGUUUCGAGUAUUUGCUCAAAACAUCGCAGGACUUAGUCCCGAGUCGAAGGCCUCGACCUCCGUGAAGAUCGUUGAUCCGCAGGCGGCGAAGCCUCCAGAGAUCAUUCAACCUCUCAACAAGGUAAAUUGCAUCCAGAAUCACAACGCCCACUUCCAAUGCAAGAUCAUUGGCACACCGAGGCCGACCAUCACGUGGUUCAAAGGUGCCCGCGAGAUCGUGAGCGGUUCUCGCUAUAACAUUUACUCCGAGGGUGAGACUCACAAUCUCAUUAUUCACGACGUUUUCGGCGAGGACGCCGACGAGUACUUCUGCCGCGCAGUCAACAAAUGCGGCGUAAAGUCCACCAAGGGCGAGCUCUUCAUCAAGACACCGCCGAAGCUGAACGUGCCGCCACGUUUCCGCGACACUGCCUUCUUCGACAAGGGCGUGAACGUUGUCAUCAAGAUCCCAUUCACUGGCUAUCCGAAGCCGAAGAUCACAUGGGUGCGCGAGGGCGAGGUGAUCGAGUCCGGUGGACACUACGCCGUCGAAGUGAAGGAGCGACACGCCGUGCUGACGAUACGCGAUGGCAGCCGCAUGGACUCUGGCCCGUAUCGCAUCACCGCCGAGAACGACCUCGGUCAGGACUCGGCCAUCAUCAAGAUACAGAUCAGCGAUCGUCCAGAUCCGCCCAGAUUCCCGCAAGUGGAUAACGUCGGUCACGACUCCCUGGCGGUCAGCUGGAAGCCACCGGUCUGGGACGGCGGCAGCAACAUCACCAAUUACGUGGUGGAAAAGCGCGAGCACCCGAUGAGCAGCUGGAUUCGCGCUGGCAAUACUCGCUUCUGCACGCUCGCGGUGACCGGUCUCAGCCCGGGGCAACAGUACGACUUCCGAGUGUGCGCGGAGAACAUCUACGGCCGUUCCGAUCCGAGCGAGGUAACGCCGUUGAUCACCACCAAGGCCGUGAUCAAGCGUGAAUUCAAGAGGAAGGAGUACGAGGUGGACGCGACCGGCAAGAAGAUACGCGGCCGCGAGGACGAGAAGCCGCGCGAUUACGAUCAGUUCGUAUUUGACAUGUACAGCAAAUACGUGCCGCAACCGGUCGAGAUCAAGCAUACGUCGGUCUACGACAAAUACGACAUCCUGGAGGAGAUCGGCACGGGCGCAUUCGGCGUGGUGCACCGCUGCCGCGAAAGAACCACGGGUAACAUUUUCGCCGCCAAGUUCAUCCCGGUAUCGCAUGUAAUGGAGAAGGAGCUGAUCAGGAAGGAGAUUGAUAUUAUGAAUCAGCUGCAUCAUCCCAAGCUGAUCAACUUACACGAUGCUUUUGAGGACGAUGACGAGAUGGUGCUGAUCUUCGAGUUCCUGUCUGGCGGCGAACUGUUUGAGAGGAUCACAGCCGAGGGUUAUACCAUGUCCGAAGCGGAAGUCAUUAAUUACAUGAGGCAGAUCUGUGAGGGCGUCAAGCAUAUGCAUGAAAAGAACAUCAUUCACUUAGACAUUAAGCCUGAAAAUAUCAUGUGCCAAACUCGUAACAGCACCAACGUGAAACUGAUUGAUUUCGGUUUGGCUACUAAACUUGAUCCGAACGAAGUAGUAAAGAUCAGUACGGGCACGGCUGAAUUUGCUGCUCCCGAAAUUGUCGAACGCGAGCCGGUCGGUUUUUACACCGAUAUGUGGGCCUGCGGUGUAUUAGCUUAUGUUUUGUUGAGUGGUCUUUCGCCGUUCGCCGGUGACAACGACAUUGAGACCUUGAAGAAUGUAAAAGCAUGCGACUGGGACUUUGACGAGGAAGCAUUCCGCGACGUUUCCGAAGAGGGCAAAGAUUUCAUCAGGCGAUUACUAGUCAAAAACAAAGAGAAGCGCAUGACUGCACAUGAAUGUCUUCUUCAUCCAUGGUUGACCGGCGACCAUAGUAAAUGGACCAAUCCAAUUGCCAACAGUCGUUAUCUCAGCAUUCGUGACAGAUUACGUGCCAAAUACGAGAAUUGGGACAAGUACGUCCUUCCCAUUGGCCGCCUAGCCGAGUACUCGUCGCUCAGAAAACUCUUAAUCGAGAAAUACAGAAUUUACGACUCUUGCUUCGAUCGCCGACAAGCAGCGCCCAGAUUUGUCAUCAAACCGCAAAGCGCAUUCGCCUACGAAGGACAGAGCGUGAAAUUCACUUGUCGCGUGAUUGCGAUUGCCGCACCGACUUUGAGUUGGUCGCAUAACAACCAAGAACUGCGGCAAUCCGUCAAAUUCAUGAAGCGAUACCACGGUGAUGAUUACACCUUUAUUAUUAACAGAGUCAAGUUGGAAGACAGAGGAGAGUACAUUAUUCGCGCGGAGAAUCAUUAUGGCUAUCGUGAAGAAGUUGUUUUCCUCAAUGUACAACCAUUGCCAAGAGAAAUUCCGAAGUACAGGCCCGAGCUGCAUCCGGUGCGCAGACGAGAACCGCUUGGCUACAACGUGUGGUUGGAGAUGAUUGAGUCGGCGCCGAGCUUCACGUUCCUGCUGCGGCCACGUGUCAUCCAAAUCAGGCAGACUUGCAAGUUGCUCUGCUGCCUGAGCGGCAAUCCACCACCCACUGUGAAAUGGUACAAAGACAGGGAGGAGUUGUCCAAAUACAAUUAUCCCAUGAGCAAUGCUGACGGCGUCGUCACAAUGGAAAUUAUCGAUUGCAAGCCAGAGGACAGUGGCAAAUAUCGUUGUGUAGCUACCAACAAGCAUGGCAAGGACGAGACCAGUUGCGUGGUCAUCGUAGAAGGCACUGGAGAAACGGAGGAGCAAGUAAAAUUAGUGCACGACCUCCUACAUUCCGGAGAUCGAAGGUUCAUCGAGCAACCAUUAAAACCGGCACCACCGCCGAUUGUGACAAUCCAUAAGUCCAGCGGUUAUAGUGGCUACAGUUCCACAACCAGCCAAGGACAAAAUUAUAGCAGCUUCACUUCUUCAUACAAUGGCAAACAGAAUUCCACGACGAUUUCAUCAUCAUAUAAGGAUAGUGUUAAAAUCAACGAUACGUCUGAUAAGCGAAGCAUAAAGAAAUACGGCUCGAAACUUGACUCUACUGGCAGUCCAUCUCGAUCCAGGAGCACCACGAAAGAACUUAUCCAACCGUCAGAUGAUUCGAUGAGACCGCCGCAAUUCAUCCAAAAGCUGAAAAAUCUCACAGUCAACGAUGGCGAACAUUUGGAACUCACCGUCAAAGUCGAUGGCGAUCCGGAACCGCAAAUCGCUUGGAGUAAAGAUGGCAAGAUAUUGAGCUCGUCAGAGAUCGUUGAUCUGAAAUAUAAGAAUGGAGUGGCCACUCUCACAAUCAAUGAGGUAUUCCCCGAGGACGAAGGCGAGUACUCGUGCAUCGCAACUAAUAGCAUUGGCAGUGAUACGACAUCCUGCAAACUGACAAUAAAAGCCGUGGAGAACGCUGCUGGGAAGAAGCAGAGCGAUGACAAGUCGCCGAAGAUCGUGGACCAUUUAAUAAGCAAGUAUGUGAAAGACGGCGAGGCUGUGACGCUCAGUUGCCGAAUAAUCGGUGCGAAGAAGUUCGACGUGGUGUGGCUGCACAACAAUAAGGAGAUUAAGCCUAGCAAAGAUUUCCAGUACACUAAUGAAGCAAACAUCUACAAGCUAGUCAUUGCUGAGAUAUUCCCCGAGGAUUCCGGCACUUACACGUGCGAAGCUUUCAACGAUGCAGGAGAGAGCUACUCGUCGUGCACGUUAAGCGUACUCGCUCCAAACGAAGAGCCGAAAAGCCCAGCGUUCGCGACAUUCCCGCAGUCUGCAACAGUGAGUGAAGGCGAAUCGGUUACUUUCACGUGCAAGACUGAUACCGCGCCUUUGAAAGUGACUUGGUUGAAAGAUGGCAAGGCAAUCCCCGAGACGAGCAGCAGAUAUCACUUCAGUUCAGACGUUGGCUAA